AUGGCGGCCGAUGGCGUGGCUGCAGGGGCGCAGCUGCUUGAUUCCGUGGAGCGGGAGGACUUCGAGGACUGGAGGACCUUCCCGUUCGAGAACUACUGCGGCUUGCUGGGGUGGGCGGCGGGCCUCGAGAUGGCCAGAGACGCGGCGGAAACGCUUAGGCCAGAGGAUCUGGGCGAGCAGGGUGCGCAGGUCGGCAGGAGUUUGUGCCGCCUGCUGGCGAGCGCUGCGGAGGGCGCGGCGCAGAGCAUCGUGAUGUUGCGCCCGCGGGGCGACGGCUUCGAGGAACGCGAAGGCGAGGAGCGCUUCGCGGAGGCGCUGAUUGCCUGGGGCGAGUUGAUCUCGCGCUACGAGCGCGCCGCGGGCGAAGAGGUCACGCGUAAGAUGGAGACGAGCUCGAUCAUGGCGCGCGCCCCCGACGACGUGAAGGCCAUGCUUCGGUCGGCGCAGAGGGGCGCGCUAAGCGACGCCGCGCGGGCGAGGAGCUGCAUCUUCGAGGCGGUGAUCGGGCAGAGUGGUGCGAUCGCAAAGCCGCCGACGGCGAGCAUGGGGAACUAUGACAUGGGCGUCGACGCGAUCUCGAGUGGUGGCAAGGGCAAGAACGAAGACGAGUGCCAGAUCUGCGGGUGGCCGAACCACGCGGCCAAGGACUGCUACUGGCGAGACGAGGGCAAAUCCAAUGGCGACGGCGAGGCACGAGGCGCUGGAGCUGGUGGCAAGAUGAGUUGCGGCAAGGGCAACAAGGGCCAAGGUCUGGGCUGUUCCACUGGGAAGUGCGACUAUUGCCACGAGGCGAGCCGCGAGAAAACGGGCUGCGGGAAGCGUGUGGCCGACGAGAAGGCGAAGAACAGCGCGGCGAUCGAGCAGGAGGGCACAGGGCCGAAUGCACUUGCCAAGAUAGAGUUCGCUGGCGACGAAGAGUGCGAGAUCCACGACGACGACCAGCUUUACUGCGCAGUGAUGCGGGCAGGCGACUGUGACGAGGAGUGCUGCGCGAUGGACGUCGACGGCGCCGCCUUCAUCGCGCCGGACACGGCGAGCGACUGCCGCGCGGGCCCGACCUCCUUCGGCGGAGGGUGCGUUCGGAAGGCAGGCGACGGCCCGAGGCUGCUGGGCGCGCAGACGCAGGGCGUCAGGAUGGGCACCGUCGCGACGGCGCCGAUGACGGUCGACAGCGACAACGAGCAGACGAAGCUUCCGAUGGCGGACUUCAGGCUUGGCGACGCGGUGUCGAAGCCGCUCGUCUCGCUGCUCGAGGUCAUGGGCAAGGAGAUCGCCCUGCAUCCUCAGAGCCUCGAGGAUGACAUGCGAGCGAGGUUGCGGGAGUUGGGGGCGCCGAAAUACGGCAGGAAGAACGAGCUGUGGACCAGGGUCAGCGACGCGGAGCGAAGGGUCACGGCGCGCCGCGACGAGCUGAAGGAGUUGGAGCGCAGGCGCGAGCAGUCCGUCCAGGGGGCCAACGGCGACGGCGCCGAGGUUGGCGGCGAGGGGUCGCGGGCGGCGGGCGUCUUCGCGACGACGCUCGUGAUGGCGGACAGGGGCGCUCUGAUGUUCGACGCGAUCUCGAUGCCGACGAAAGCUGUCGCCGACUAUGCAGUGGCGAGCGUGGGCAACUUGAUCGAAGGCAUGCACCUGGCGACCGCGGACAUCAAAACGGCCAGCGCCUCGGGGAUCCGCGAGAUUGCCCGCGCGGGCUUCCACGCUGGCGCGUCCUGGGCGCUGCUGCCCAGCUGCCCUGCGGCGCCUCCUUGCCCGCCGUGCCCGCCUUGCCCCGCGUGCUUCUGCACGUGCGGGGAGGGAGGCGGAGGCGGCGGCGCUCCUGCUGGCGGCGGCGGCGGGGGCGGCGGCCCUCGCUGGUUGGCGGCCGCAGGCGGGCCGGUGUGCGACGCGCUCGCCGACGCGCUCGUCGGGGCGCUGCGCGAGGCGGUGGAGGGCUGUAUCGGCUGGGGGGCCGCGAUAGCGCUGGUGCUGCUCGCGUUGCUCGCUGGGUUCGGUCUCGGACGCCUCAGCCUCGCCGCGGCAGCUCGCCUCGAGCCUCGCGAUGGGGGCGACCUCUGGCACGAGCGGAUCCUGCUGUACCCAGCAGCCAGUGAGGCCGCUGGCGCCGGGCUCCCAGGAGCCUGCUGGGUGGUGUACACUCCCGACCACGACAUGUACAUCGAGGAGCUCGAGGGAGGCUCGCCCGACGACAGUCCCGUCGAGUGGCUGGAGAUGCCGCGCGACUUGCGGCUGCCCAGUGGGCUCGGGCGGGCGUAUCGCUUCGAGGAGUCUCCGACGGAGGAGGUGAUGAGGGGCCUCUACCGUCGGACCUUCUCGGCCGCCCAAGCCGAUGCGGAGGCGCGCGGGGUGCUGCUGGAGGCGCCGGUGGCGGUGCGAACGGCCGCAGGAAGAGACGUGGCGGUGCGCGAGGCGCUCGGGGCCAACUUCUUCGGCGGCCGACGGAUGACGGGCAAGAGACCGCCUUUGGGGCUGGACCUCGGAGGAGACCGCGGAGGCCACGCUGGACCGGGAGUUGCGGCCGCGGAGGCCAUUGGCGACAGCGGCGCCCCUGGGCCUGCCGUUGAGGGCAGUAGCACGCCGCGCUCGAGCGGCCGCGUCUGGCGAGCAGCCGAGGCCGACGAGCGCUGCCGCAUCGCGCUCGGGGACGAGUUAGGGCCUCCUGCUCAUUCGCUCUGUGGCAAAGGGCUGUACUUGGCGGCGCCCGGGCGAGCCGCGGUGGUGCACCUGGCGGGGCUCGACCAGGACUCUUUCGUGAUGAGCCUGCGAGGAGGCGAGGGCCACCCCCUCAGUGCUGGCGCCGAGAACGGAGGCGGAGGAGAUGCUCGAACCUUGACGGUGAAGAGUGGGCCGCGGGGCCGAGGCCGUGAGUGGCGCGAGGUGGUGGGCGCCUGUGAGGAGGAGCCCUUCGGUGACUUCCCGGUGGCGGGGCCUCGGUCAGCUUGGUGGUGCUUGGACUUCUUGCGGCGGCGGCGCACCCCCACGGAUCAUCACUUGAUGUUCAAGACGACGGCGCGGCUCCAGUCGGAGCAGUGGGGGGUGCAGGAGCACGAGCAGCUCAUGAAGUACAUCGAGCUGGCCGGCACCUACGACCAGCUGGACCUCAGCAACUGUGCCUUCGCCGAGGCGAUCUUUCGGCGGGCGCAGACCAUCGAGUGGAGCUACCACGAUCGGUUGCGGGAGGCCGACUCGGCCAGCUCCAAGGACAAGAUGAGUCCCGAGGAGUUCUCGGCCUUCAGCGGCUUCAGCAAGGCUGGGGACCUGCUGAUGGUGGCCCCCACGCUCCUCGAGUUCGUGAAGGGCCAGGUCGAGAAGGACGCCGCCAUCAUGAAGAACAUCAGGGCUCUCCUGCAUGCGUACCUGGGCGAAUUCAAUUCGACGGAGUUCCAGGCCGUCGAGACCUUUUCCCUGUCCCGCUGCUUCGGGGCGGCCUGGCUCCCGCGAAGGGCGUGGCGAGCCGCUCGGUUCGGCGCCGGCUGCUGCGGCGCGACGCUCAUGUGGCUGAAGCCAACCGCGCCCUUGGGGCCCUCAAUGAUCUGGCUUGUCGGCCCGGGGCGCCCGGCGCUCCUGGCCUGGCGGAGCGGCUACCCCGCCGCUUGGUACAUGAGAGCCCUCCGCGAGCUCCGCGGUGCUGGCGUGUACGAGGACAUCGACUCGCCAGUCGUCAGCUUCGACGAUUCCCUCGUCUCGCUGCCUGAGGCCGGCAACGCUCCUGUGCCGCUUGGGGAGCUGGUUGCAGGCGUGGGCGAUUUUGAUGUCGAGGCAGCAAUGCACGAGCAGCUCCUUCCACGCAAGGAUGCGGAGUCCAACCUCUCCGAGGCUCCGCGACAGCCGUACAUGGAUGCUAUCCUACGAGCUCAGCCACACGCCUAUGCUGGGCUGGUGCGGCGCUUGCAUGCGGCGGGGAUGGUGACCUUCUCAGCCGCGCCGCGUGAGAGGUGCGGCCUCUUCUUCGUGCGUAAGAAGUCUGGCAAGCAGCGCAUGGUGAUAGACUGCCGACGGGCCAACUGCUGGUUCAGGAUGCCUUCGACAGUCGCGCUGGCGACAGGCUCUGCACUGGGAGAGCUGGCCGUGCCAGAGGGUGAGCAGCUCUACGUCGGUCACGUGGAUAUCUGCGACGCCUUCUACCACUUCGGCUUGCCUGAGGCUUUCCGUGAUUACUUCGCGCUGCCGGCGGUGAAGGCAGGUGAUGUGGGGCUGACUGUCCUGGGCGGAAGGUCCGUCUAUGCCUUCAUUCGGCGGCUGGGCCACUGUACCGCGGUCCCUCUUUGGGAGUCCGUCCGAUGGGAGUUAAAUGCGUUCUCGAGUUUGCUGUGUCUGAUUUCCAGGAAGCUGCAGGUGUCAUGGAGUUAUAAGGUGAUGUGCACGGACGCGUCCUUUUGGGGCUUCGGACUGGUCUGCAAGGACCUCGACAAGGACCUCGUGGGCUCGAUGGGCGGUUUCUCAGAACGGUGGCGUUUCUUGGGCGACAACAAGGUGCUCUCCAGGGCUUGGGCUGCAGGCUCCAGUGAGGACGAGAUCAUGACGAAGCCUCUAGAGAGCUCCAAGGACUUCCAGCAGUUCGUGGGGGAUGAGGAGGCUAGCAAGGAGGCCCGCACGCGGGCCGCUGGACGUCUUCCCGAAGCGGUUCGUGAGGAAGGUUGGGCUGUAGUGGGCUCGCACAGGUGGGGAUCUCCGCCUGAGAACAUCGUGGAGGGGGAGGCCAGGGCUAUCGCGUUUGGGGUAAAGCACAUUUGCAGAUCCACGAAGGCCUUUGAGUGUCACCACCUCCUGCUAUCCGACUCGCUCUCGUCUGUCUUGGCUCUGGGCAAGGGCCGAUUCUCGGCCCCCGGCGUCAGCGGCGCGCUGCGCUCCGUGGCAGCGCAUGUCGCGGCGACGGGGCUCCGGCUCAGUGCCCGCUGGCUGCCUAGCGAGUGGAACUUCGCCGACGGUCCUUCGCGAGGGCUGUGGCACGCUGGGCUGGAGCGUCGCCAGGCGGCUGCCCCGGCGGGAGAGGCCCGCUCGGUCCCGAGGGCCCGCCCGGUGCCGCCGAGCCAGGCGACGUCAGCGCCGUCGCUUCGGAGGCUUCUCUGCGACGACCUGGCUGGCUCGCCACCGCUCUCCGAGGCGCGGGCACCGCCUGCGGCCGACAAGGUGAAGCGGAGGAAGCUGGCCCGGCGCGGAGCCAAGCUGGCCGAAGCGGGGACGCUGGACGUGCUACGGCUGAGCACGGUGCGGACGCAGACAGUGAGGUCGAGGUGCCAGCAGCUGGCCGCCGAGUUCGACGAGUGGCUGGCGGAGCAAGGGCUACCUGCGCGGCCGACGUUCUCCCUCGACGAGCGGAGGAUGAUCCCGCUGGCGCCCGAGGCUGCCGCCGAGCUGGACUGCAGCCUUGCGGAGUGGAUGGUGGGGCAGUACCUGGAGGGCGUCGAUCACUGGCGCGGAGUGCAGAUGCUGGCCGCCCUGCAGUGGAGCGACCCGCGGCUCGGCCGCGACGGCGGGGCUCGUUUGCCCGGGGCCAGGCAGUCGCUCCGGGGCUGGAAGGUGCUGACGCCGCCGUUGACGAGACUGCCGCUCCCCGAGGAGGUCGUUGCCGCCCUGGCUUGCGAGCUGGUGAGCAUGGGCCUGUGGGAGGCGGCGGCGUGCGUGGUCCUGUCGAUGGUGUUCUACAUGCGACCAGGCGAGUGGGGCCGCGUGCGAGUCAAGCACGCGAUCGCGCCUCGCGCCUCGGGAAGCCAGGCCCCGCGACAGUGGGCCCUGGUGCUGCACCCACACGACGGCGAGGAGGCGCGGCCCAGCAAGACGGCAGAGUUCGACGAGAGUCUCGUGCUGGACCUCACCUGCGACCUGUGGCUGGGCGGAGUGCUGCGGAGACUGGCCGCUGCGAAGCCGCCAGACGCCGCGCUGUUCAGCUUCUCGGUAGAGGAAUUCGCCGCGAUCUUCAGACGCGCGGCCCGCCGCCUCGGCCUAGAGCCCGCGCCGAUGCCAUGCCUUCUCAGGCACGCCGGCGCCAGCCGAGACUUCGUGAACGGGCUCAGGCCGUUGAGCGAAGUGAAACGGCGGGGUCGCUGGAAGACGGACGCCUCCGUGCGGAGGUACGAGAAAGGAGGAAGGCUGAGCGAGCAGUUUGCGAGGCUGGCCCCAGCCCUCCAGAAGCACGCGCUUCGCUGCCACAGCGUGCUCCCCGAGGUUCUCUUAGGGAGGCUCGCUGCCCCGCCGUUCCUGGCUCGCUAG